CGGAGCAUGAGUCGAGGGGGACCAAAAGCGGCAGUCCGCCAGCAGGACAAUGUCUCUUCUAGCCUCCUUUUGCCCCAGGAGAACCAGAAGGUAUUCCAGCUGCUUGGACGGAAGUGCACGACGCUGGCGACAACGGUGGUUCAGCUGCUCGUGGUGCAGGGCGGCGACCGGUGGGCAAAGCAAUUCCUGGGGGUCCUGUGUUUGGUGAAGGACAAUCCCCGCCGUUCCUACUACUUCCAGCUGUUUGAUCUGCAGGAGGAGAAGGCAGUGUGGGAGCAGGAGUUGUACGAGCAGCUGAGGUACCUCCCGGCCCGGCCCUACUUCCAUACCUUCUGCUCCGACGAGUGCCAGACCGGCCUAAACUUUGCAGACGAGGCUGAAGCUGCAGAUUUCCAAGUGGUUGUAGAAGAGAAACUGAAGAAGAAACAGCACAGACAGGACAGACGGCAGAACUUACCUCCCCCCCCUCCAGUAUCGGAUGACCGACGGACCUCCCUACCUCUGCCGCCCCCCCCAGGGCCAGGACCUUUCCCUAAUGGACCCAGCAGCCCCCAGCCUCUGGCCCCCUCCCAAAGCCUUAACAUGCCCGCAGUCAGCAUCCCCAACCCCGAUAUCACUUCCGCCAGGUACCGGGCCCUCAGCGCCCCCGCUGACAAGGGCAAGAACAAGAAAGGGAAGAAGAAGUUCUCCAAGGCUGAUAUCGGAGCGCCGAGCGGCUUCAAGCACGUCAGUCACGUAGGCUGGGAUCCCAACAGUGGGUUUGAUGUGAACCAGCUGGACCCCGACAUUCGCAACCUCUUCAGCCGCGCAGGGAUCAGCGACGCUCAGCUAAAAGAUGCCGAAACCUCCAAACUCAUCUAUGACUUUAUAGAGCAGCAGGGAGGGGUGGAGGCCGUGAAGAACGAGAUGAGAAGAGGAGAGACUGCGCCUCCACCUCCUCCCCCAUCCCGAAAUGCACCCCCAGCACCUACCCCCAGUCGCGGAAGGACUGGCCCAUUACCUCCACCUCCUGUUCGUGGAUCAAGUGCUCCCCCACCUCCGCCUCCAUCCCGGAGUACCCCACCGAUCCCACCUCCGACUGCACGCUCUGGAGGCCCUCCGCCUCCUCCCCCACCCCCACCAUCAAUCCCAGCACCGCCUCCAACAAGUGGGCCAGCCCCUCCUCCACCCCCCCCAGUGUCAGGAACUCAGAGCAUCCCAUCCCCAACACCUUCAGGAGGACGCGGUGCCCUAUUGGAUCAGAUUCGGCAGGGGACCAAGUUGAAUAAGCGAGAACCUCCUCUCUUUUGCCAGC